UGCCUGUAGAAGUGUGGCGUGGGGUAACACUGUUGUGUGUCAAAUAUAGAAAAAGAAAAUGGCUCCCGUGCUUGUGUGCGAAUAAAAACAAUUAUUAACGCGGUUCUUGUGAUUUAACAUAAUAAAUUGUGUGUUAAAUGUGUAGCAAGUACCGUGGGUUAGCUGGUGAUCAAGUGUUUUGAGUGAUUUCAACCCAAAUAUGACCGCAAACAUGUAUCGGGUCGGAGAUUAUGUCUAUUUUGAGACAUCGUCUUCAGCUCCGUAUCAAAUUCGUCGAAUUGAGGAGCUAAAUAAAACACCCUCCGGCAAUGUUGAGGCGAAAGUAAUGUGCUUCUAUCGACGAAGAGACUUACCAACCCCAUUAGUUCAACUUGCUGACAAACACCAGAUGGCUACUGCUGAUGAUUCGCCUGUGGCAAUGAAGUUGAAAAAGAUGUGGCUUAAGACACCAGUUGGUGAGGAGCAAGCAGCGCAAGCAGUCUUGGAUCCUGCAUUAGCUGCUCUGGAGGAGGACAGGAGCACAGGUGGAAAUAGCCUAGGUGGUGAGAAAGGUGAAAAUUUCACACAAAAGCAACGGCACCAAAUGAAGCAUCGAGAAUUAUUUUUAUCGCGACAAGUUGAAACUCUUCCUGCCACACAUAUUAGAGGAAAAUGUUCGGUUACACUCCUGAAUGAGACCGAAUCACUGCUAAGUUAUCUAAACAAAGACGACACCUUCUUCUAUUGUCUGGUAUUCGAUCCAACGCAGAAGACACUGCUGGCGGACAAGGGUGAGAUACGCGUGGGUAGUCGAUAUCAAACGGAAGUGACGGCUUUGCUGAAGGAGGGUGAGCCCGACACGAGGAUCCUUGAGGAGCUGGAGACUCUCACGUGGACGCCGAAUCAUGCGCUGACUGACAGGAAGAUAGAUCAAUUCCUCGUCGUUUCCAGAUCUGUUGGCACUUUUGCUCGUGCCCUUGAUUGCAGCAGCUCCGUGAAGCAACCGUCCCUCCACAUGUCAGCAGCGGCGGCUAGUCGUGAUGUUACACUGUUUCAUGCCAUGGACACACUGCACAAACACAAUUACUCAAUUGAAUCGGCCAUGUGUUCGCUGGUGCCGUCCAGUGGACCAGUGCUGUGUCGCGAUGAGAUGGAAGAGUGGAGUGCAUCCGAAGCGAAUUUAUUUGAAGAGGCCCUGGACAAGUAUGGGAAGGACUUCAAUGAUAUUCGACAAGAUUUUCUGCCGUGGAAGACACUGAAGAACAUUGUGGAGUAUUACUACAUGUGGAAGACGACAGAUCGUUACGUGCAGCAGAAGCGUGUGAAGGCGGUGGAGGCUGAGUCGAAGCUGAAGCAAGUGUACAUUCCCAACUACACAAAACCCAAUCCAGCGGUGAUUAAUAAUACGAAGGGUGUUCUGAACGGAAGCUCCAACGGAAGCAGUGGCAACGAUGUACUAGCCUUGACCAGUGGUGCUACGAAUAAUGCCAGUAUUGGAGGUGGCAAAGCGUGUGAGUCCUGCCAGUGCAUAUCAUCGUCGCAAUGGUUCUCAUGGGGUCCGGCGCACCUGAAUUGUCGCCUGUGCUUCAAUUGCUGGACGUACUGGAAGAAAUAUGGCGGCCUUAAAGUUGCGUCUCGCAUAGCUGAUAGUGAUAUUGAUGCGCUGAAGAAGCGCUCAAGUAAUGAUGUGGAAGAUGAGAGGUUGAAUGAUUUGACCAACAGACCACCCCACCGGUGCUCCAUUGUCAAUUGUGGGAAGGAGUUCAAAUUGAAAGCCCAUCUUGCCAGACACUAUGCCCAGGCGCAUGGCAUUGCCAUACGCUCUGGCUCACCACGUCCCAUCAUGAAGACACGAACGGCGUUCUUCUUGUAUACAACGGCCGCCACGCGCUUGUCGCGCAAGAUAUGCAGAAAUCUCAUACGACCACGAAGGGCGGCCAGGCAGCCGUCGUUUGCCAUCAACUUCCAAGCAGUGAAGCAAGAAUUCUCAUUGGCGAUUGCCGGAAAGACGUUGCCGGAGAUUAAGGCGAUGCUGGUGUACAGGAAGAAGGAUCGAGGAAGUGUGACACACAUUGCAAAUCGUCUGGGCAAUCCGGGAACAACGGUGGGUGAGUGGUUGAUCUUGACACCGAAGGAGAAUAUGCCAAAACCCGAAGUGGUGGCAUUCCCGAAGCCACCGAAAGCGCCGGAUGGUAGUUUGCUGUAUGAGCGAAUACCCAACAAACCUGAGGCUGAGAAGAUACCAUUGAACACAGCAUCACCGUCACUCAAGAGACGUGCGUACGACGAAGUGAAUGGAAUUGAUGGAACUCCUCCUGUGGUCGGACCCCCUGCCAAGAGGCCUAACAAGGAUCCGGCACCAUCCCAUCGACCGACACAAGAGCAGUAUGCCGCAAUGAUGGCAGCAGCGGCGGCUGCUGGUCAACCACUUCCUCGUCACCACUUGAAUGGGAAGCCGAAGAUUGCUCAAAUGACGCGCACGGGUUCGGGACGAAAGCAGGUGAUCAGUUGGAUGGAUGCGCCCGAUGAUGUGUACUUUCGCGCCACGGAUGCGAGCAAACGAGCGAGGCGAGGAUUGACCCUGGCUGAGUUGAGGCGAGCCGCGAGGAAGCCAUGGAGGAGUCUCCAGCUUAAGACAACGAUCAAUAUGAAUCCGACAAUUCCACCAAUUGCCACACCACAACCAGGCAGUGAUCUUCAGGUUGUGAUACUUGACUGACCAGAACCCCAGCCGCAUCCGUACACGAUGGAAGCUCUGCUCAAUUAAAAUGCGUAACACGGUAAGUUUGCGAUGAGAGAGAGAGAGAGAAGAAGGUGAGAGAGAGGAGAGAGAGAAGGGGAAUUACUACUAAUUGCUAAGAGAACACUUAGAUAAGUCAUUCGUUUUAUCACAAUUUACAAAUAAUAAAAGAAAAAAACAAGAAAUAAGCAGUUGAGAUACUUUUGAGUGAUUGAGAGAUGGAUGAACAACUCACUGGGCAUUUAGGAUGAAUGUACAUUCGUCUGCAGAGUGAGUUUAUUGUACCCACAAAUGUCAGUUUAAAUAGAGAGAGAGAGAGAAAUGUCACAUAAAAUGAUAAAUGAUUGAGUUUUCUGAGCUCAUACAAAUCCUCUUGUACUGUUUUGAGAAAAUAUCUAUAAUUUUAAUAAUUUUAAUUGAGGGAAAGCGAGAGACACUCAACGGUAUGAUAAAGAGUCAUUGAUUUUUUCUAACAUUAUGAAUGUUGACUUAAACGAGAGAAGAAACUAUAUAGAAAUAUGAUUGUGUUUUUUCAAGGCAGAAAAAGGAGAGAAAAAAGAAAUAUAAAGAGAAAAAGCAAGAAAAAAUUAACCACCAAGAGGAACUUAAGUAAAUAUUAAUGAUAGUAAAAAGAAAACCAAUUAAUAUUUCGAUAGGGAUAAAUAUUAAAAAGGAAGAAGAUGAAGAUAAAACUAUAUUAAAUUUAAUAAUGAAUGAAUGGAUGAGAAAGAGAAAGAAUUCCUAAUCUAAAUAAUAAAAAGAGAGAAAAAAAUUGUACACUUACACGUAAUAAUUGAUAACUGAACCAAACUAUUGGGAUAAAAAUUUUACUACACUAAAAGAAGAUGAAAAAAAAUUAUUAACAGGACUUUAAAAAAAUGCAAAUGAAGGUAUAAUUAUAUAAGGCAAUUGAAAUGAGAAAAAGAAAAAUACAUUAUUAAUGACAUAAUAAUGUAAUGUGAAAAAAGGAAAAAGAAUCACAUCAAGAGAAACACUUGAGAUCACGCAGAAUUAUUACAGAAUUGAUUUUAAAAAUAAUACAACGCAUAAGAAAUGAGAGGAAAUCCACUUUUAAUUUUUUGGCAAUUGAAAUAUUUGCAUGUCUGUCUGCCAAUGAGAGAAAUACAAUAAUUUCUUCAAUAAUGUCACUGUCCAUGCCACGAGGCAGAGUUGUAUGACCCUUUUUUGCACUGAUUGAAGACAUUUAAGUGUUUAAUUUGCGAUAUUAGGUCCUUUUUUAGUUUCCGUGCAAAGCAGUUGAAUUGAAUUAUUUUACAAGCUUUUCUUUUACUUCAUAACUAAAAGUGUUUAUUUUUGAGGAAAUUUAGAGAAAAAUUCAUGUGAAAAAUGUCAUUUUGAUCAGUGCAAUUGAGCUCAAUUCACACACAAACACACAGGAAAGAUAAAAAUCACCAAUACAGAUGGUAAUGGUAGAGAAUAGGAGUAAAUAUAAAGAAAUAUUAGUGUUAGUGAUGUGUAAAAAGAAGCGUAAGAUUAUUAAACUUGUUUUUUUUUUCUUUUUUACGUUAGAUAAAAAGGAAAAAUAAUUGUAUGAGAAGAAUAAAUCCUAAAUAUAUAUAAAAUGCUAGGCGUAAAUGCAAGUAAAUAAUAUAUUUAAAAAAAAAUGUGGAAGAAAGGAUGAAAAUAAAUUGAAUUUCACUACAUUCUUCUGUUAUCAUAUAGCAUAUAAAGAAUACGUAUAGACUCUGCCUUUCUUUAAAAAAAAUUAUCCUUUUCAAUGGAUGAAUCUUGGGAGAUUAGAGAAAAGCGUCGUGGUUGAAAGGAUUUUGCGGCAAAAUUCAAAAUUGUACCAAGAAAAAAAAUGCGGGUGAGAAAUAAUGCAUUAAUUGCCAGAUUUGCGCGCGCGUCGGAGUUUAUUUACAAAAAGAAAAAUACAAGAUCUUUUCAUUAGUAUUUAUUUGAUACUAUUUUUGUUGUUUAUGUUUAACUUAUUGCACUACUGAUUAGUACGAAUGGAUAAGUUUUAUGGUCCCAUUUUUAAGGAUGGAAAUACACAACAUUAUAUAUUAUUUUGUAGGAUAUUUUCUAUUAAUUAAACAGAAAA